UUUAUCCUAUUAUUCCGGCCGGUCCGUGAAUGCAGCGCGCAGCCGGCUUGCCGUAAAGUGUUUCGUUGUUUCUGUUUUCUUGCUCACUUCUUCUCGUUUUAUCGUCGUUUAAAGCUGUUCCCCACGAAGACAGCGGCGAAAUCAUGUCGGCUCCGGCUCUCCUGGUUCUAUACGGAAGUCAGACCGGAACCGCCCAGGACACGGCCCACAGGAUCGGCCGGCAGGCCCAGAGGAGGCGCGUGAAGGUGCGGGUGCUGCCUCUGGACGGCUACAACGUGGCCCACCUGAUCUCAGAGUCUCUGGUGCUCUUCGUCUGUUCCACCACGGGACAGGGCGAUCCCCCGGACAACAUGAAGAGCUUCUGGAGGUUCCUCUUCAGGAAGUCGCUGCCGGCCGGAUCUCUGAGCUGCCUGGACUGUGGCGUUCUGGGACUGGGAGACUCGUCCUACCCAAAGUUUAAUUUUGUUGCCAAGAAGCUCCAUAAGCGCCUGCAGCAGCUGGGAGCGGGGAUGCUGCUCCCUGUGGGGCUGGCAGACGAUCAGCACGACCUGGGGCCCGAUGCUGUGAUCGACCCGUGGCUCGGAUCGUUUUGGGAGAAGGUCCUGGUUCUGUAUCCGUCUUUAUCCGACGUGGAGCCUCUGAGGGACGAUGAACCACUCCCUCCGUCGUACACGUUCCACUUCCUGGACGAAAAGGCGGAUCAGAGCGAGGAGCGGCCCGGUGCUGGUUCUGAGGAGACGGUCCCCUCGGCGUCCCGUCCUUUUGCUGCCAGGAUGCUGUCCAACACCAGAGUCACGGAACCGACGCACUUCCAGGACGUCAGGCUCAUAGAGUUUGACAUCAGCGGGUCCAACAUUGAGUUUGCAGCCGGAGACGUUGUGAUGAUCCGUCCUCAGAACUCUGCGGAGGACGUGCAGCUCUUCUGUCAGCUGCUGCGCUUGGAUCCGGACGCCAUCUUCACGCUGAGCGCCACGGACGGCGCUCCAGUUCCAGCCAGACUGCCUCAGCCCUGCUCCGUGCGCCACCUGGUGGAGCGCUACCUGGACGUGGGCGCCGUGCCGCGGCGCUCCUUCUUCGAGCUGCUGGCCUCCCUGGCCUCCAGCGAGCUGGAGCGGGACAAGCUGGCCGAGUUCUGCUCGGCGGCCGGACAGGACCAGCUGCACGGCUACUGCAGCCGGCCCAGACGCACGGCGCUGGAGGUCUUGGCGGAUUUCCCUCGGACCACGGCGGAGAUCAGAACCGAUCACCUGCUGGAUCUGUUCCCCGAGAUCCAGCCCCGCUCCUUCUCCAUCGCCUCCUCUCUGAAGGUCCACCAGAACCGGCUGCAGAUCCUCAUGGCCGUGGUGCGCUACAGAACCAAGCUGCACAAACCCAGACGAGGCCUCUGCUCCUCGUGGCUGGCCUCCCUGGACCCCCAGCAAGGCGAGGUUCUGGUGCCUCUGUGGGUCAAGAAGGGGAGCCUGCGGUUCCCCAGGGAGCAGAACACCCCGGUGGUUCUGGUCGGACCCGGAACCGGAGUCGCUCCCUUCCGCGCGGCGCUGCAGGAGCGAGUUUCUGAAGGGAAAACAGCCAAUGUUCUGUUCUUCGGCUGCCGGUCCCGGUCCAAAGACUUCUACUUCCGCUCCGAGUGGGAGGACCUGGUGGCGGCCGGGAAGCUGAAGCUCUUCACCGCCUUCUCCAGAGACCAGGAGGAGAAGGUGUACGUUCAGCACCGGGUGAAGGAGAACGCCGCGCUCCUCUGGGACCUGAUAGCCAAUCAGAACGCCUGCUUCUACAUCGCAGGGAACGCCAAGCUGAUGCCGGGCGCCGUGUGCGACGCCCUGAAGGAGGCGCUGCAGCAGGAAGGAGGCGUUUCUACCCAGGAGGCCGAGCAGAUGCUGGAGGCCAUGGAGAAGACGGGCCGCCUGCAGACCGAGACCUGGUCCUGAUCCGGGCCGCCUGCAGAACCGGACCUGGUCCUGAUCCGGGCCGCCUGCAGAACCGGACCUGGUCCUGAUCCGGGCCGCCUGCAGACCGAGACCUGGUCCUGAUCCGGACCGCCUGCAGAACCG